UUGUCAAGUCGCAUUCCUCGCACUACUGCAAAAUGGCAUCGAUAAGACCGUUAUCGACAAAUCUAAAGUUAAAGGCAAUGUCAGAGCUUAACGAAACCUCUGAUCGAAUUCAAAGUGACUUAGUUGUUCUCAAAGAUUGGCUCCAAAAAUGUGGAUACAUCAAUGCUCGAACUGACGACCAAUUCCUGAUUGGAUUUCUGCGAGGAAGUAAAUUCAGUAUCGAACGUACGAAAGAAAAGCUCGACAAUUAUUACUCAAGUCGCUUCGUAGCUCCCGAAAUUUAUCCAAAAGACAAAUAUUGCAACCCAAAAAUACUUGAAGUACUAAAACAAGGAAUUUCCAUUCCGCUUCCCGAAACAGAGCAUCCCGUAGCUCCGAGAGUCGUGAUUAUCCGAGCAGGUCAUUAUAACCCCGAAACAACUCACAUCACGGAAAUUUUCCAAAUGGCAGUUAUGAUGUACGCGAUAAUGCUAUUGGAGGAUGACAAUUUCGUUGUAUCCGGUCUUGUCAACAUUAUCGACCUGAAAGGCCUUAAAGCAUCACAAAUGGCGCAAUUUACGCCAAAGCUGAUUGAGAAACUGAUUUUUGUGACACAAGAUGCUCUUCCCGUGCGCCAAAGAGCUUUUCAUUUUUUGAAUUUGCCUCCGGGACUCGGAACGAUGCUUAACAUGUUCAAGAAUCUCAUGAACGCGAGAAAUAGACAUCGAUUCAAAGAGUCUUCGUUACAGAUUGAAGUUCAUGGAAGCAAUUUGGAAAAGUUGUAUAAAUUUGUGCCGAAAAGUAUUUUGCCAAAGGAAUAUGGAGGCGAGGCGCCAUGCAUUGAUGAACUAAUGAACGUGUGGGAAGAAAAAUUUAAAAGUUACGAAAAUUACUUUAAAGAAGACGAACAAUAUGGAACUGACGAAAGCAAAAGACCUGAAGGAGCUCGACAAAAAACCAACGAAGAUGCUAUGAUGAUUGGGACUUUUCGGCAAUUGAGUGUUGAUUAAACGAAUUUUAUCAGAGACAUGAACCUUUUUUUGAACCUUUCGUUUUCGAUCCUCCAAUUUUCGAUUUUGAGACGAAUGAAAGUGAUGAGCGGUUUGUAAAUCGACUCAAGCCGUUUGAGCAUAUGAAUUUACCCCAUUUUUGAAUUAGCAAAUGGCGAUUUGCUAUCAACAUCACUAAAUAAAC